GGUCUCCAGGAGUGGCAGAGCCUGAGCCAUGAGACCGUGGGACGCUGUUGCGGGCUGGGGGAGGCCUCUGGGGCUGCUGUUCCUGCCUCUGCUGCUGUCGGCCGGCGCAGCAUCCCUGUCUGCGGCCAUCCCAGCCCCGAGCCGGGACGUGGUCCCGCAGCGGGUGACCGUGAACCUGGACGAUGCCCCUGAGCAGCGCUGGCUGCCCGCUCUCCAGCGCUUCGACCUAGACACCCUGAAGAAGGACGUGAAAGAUGCGGUCAAGGAACAAAUCCCGAGGUGGGUUUACAUUGUGAUUAAGGAGAUAAUCAAUGAUUUGGAUGGCUUGCUGCUUGAGCCCUACGCCAAUGAGAUUAGGGGAAUAUGCGAUGCCCUCAACAUAAGCUUCGUCGAUGGCAUUCUCUUCAAUCUGGUCUAUGAAUCAAGUGUAUUCUGUACUAGUAUGGUAGCUCAAGAUGCCAAUGGCCACAUUUACCAUGUCCGGAACUUGGAUUAUGAGCCUGGAGAGGGCUUACGCAAUUUUACAGUGGAUGUCCAGUUCACAAAAAACGGGCAGAUUGCCUACACGGGAACAACGUUUGUUGGCUAUGUGGGUAUAUGGACUGGACAAAGUCCACAUAAGUUUACAAUUUCUGGCAAUCAACGAGACAAAGGUUUAUGGUGGGAGAACGCAGUGGCUGCUCUUGUCAAAAGACAUCUUCCCAUCAGCUGGGUUUUCAGGAAUACCCUAGAAGAAGCCCAGAGCUUUCACGAUGCUGUUCAAAGACUGUCAGAGACUCCCCUUAUUACAAAUGUUUAUUGUAUCAUUGGAGGUGUGUCUGACCGGGAGGGGCUAGUCAUCUCGAGAAACAGAGUUGGCCCAGUGGACAUCUGGCCUCUUAACCCGGAGACAGAGUGGUUCCUAGUACAGACAAAUUGUGACCACUGGAUCCCAUGUCCUCCCCGUGAUCACCGAAGAACACCUGCCAUAAAGGCUAUGAAUGAAACUGGCCAGGCAAAUAUCAACUUGGAUAAACUUUAUGAGAUUUUGACCACAUGUCCCAUUCUGAAUCAAAAAACAGUUUAUACAACAGUAAUGAGUGCAGCAGACCCAGACAAGUAUGCAACUAGAAUCAGAAAUCCAACUGAAAUAUGUGAGUAAAUGCAGGAAAGAAUUCAGCCAAACUAUGAAGAUUUUGUUGGAAGAAGUAUCAGCUGGUCCAUUGACUUGGUUUUGCCCCUUCAAGGAGAGAACGUUGUAAAAGUAAUGACCUUGUUUGUGGCGGCUUUCAUUAUUUUGUAAUUGCUGAACAGUUGGAUUUUGGUCAUAAAAAUAGGUCACAAUCAGGAUGUUAAGCUUCCCGCUCUUUGGGUAUUAUUAGGAUAGAAAGCUGACCCUUGCAGAUGAUUAAGCGAGGGGAAAUGCGUCUUUCUUGCCUCCCCUGUCUGGUUCUUCAAAAUCUAGCUCAGCUUGAAUUUUGGAUAAUCAAAUAUUAAAAAGUGUGUCUACGAAAUAUGUUGCUGCUUAACGAACCACAGAAAGGCUAACGACGAUGGUGUUUGAUCAAAGCGAAUUAACUCCAAAAGUUCUUUUAC